GCAGGCCAAAAUGUAAACGAAAAUCGAAGUAAAGGCAAAUUCUCGAAAUGCUAACAUCGCAUCAUCCGGCAAACGGAAAAGUGUAGUUAACAAAUCCAGUGGAAAACAAAAGAAAGUCCACAGCAAGCAGAAUAGAGGCCGCGGCACCACAAAUAUAGGAAAUCAACGAGUUCGAGCGCAGAGAAAAGCAAAUUAAAGAAGGAAGCCAAGAAAGCUUGGCACACAUUCUUCACCCACACAACACAAAACAACACACGCUCUCUCUUCUGCUCCUCACUAAAUGGAAAUUUUGGAAAAGUUUUGAAAACGUUGAAAAUAUCGGGCAGUGUGUUAUGAAACCGUUGUCGCCGCGUGUGUGAGUGCGAGUGCAAGUGCGUCGUCCAGUCACUGGAAUUUGGAAAGCCAAAAAUAAACCAAAACCAACGCCAAAAACCGAAUCAAAAACCCUGAAAAAACCAAGAGAUAAUUGUGCAUCCCAGAAACUUCAGGUAACUGCAGACCCCUAAAAGGAUCAUAUUUAAAGUAAUCGAUUGAGUACCACCAGGCAUUUUAAUUUCGCACAUACACACCACUGUUGGUUAUGUUGGCAAUGGUAAACUUACCUCGUUUAACAAACACUUUGCAGUACCGCCAAUUAACAAGCAGAAUCCAAAGAACAGGCACCGUAAGAUAUCCAACUAACACUACACCAGCAGCUGCUGCUCACUUGCGAAAUUUGUCAAGGAACCAGGAUACUUGCUCCUUUGCACACCGGAUCCGCCCCAUCCACAUUCGUGGCCCAAAUUGCCAACGGUGCUGCUCCUAUGCCAGUUUAGGCAAAAUGCAGGACACGCCCAACCAAGAUGCACGGUCCCCGGAUCCGCUCAAGUCCUUCGAUAGGGACUAUUGCGACCUGCCGCCAUACCAAAGCGACAUGAGUGAUUCUGCACCCAAUACCCCGGGACCGUGCUCAGCAUCGAACCUGCCCAAGAAGUAUUACCGCCAUGCGGCCCACAGAGUGUUUGUGAAUAGAUCCCUGCAUUUGGAGAAUAUAAAAUACUAUGGCUUCGACAUGGACUACACCUUGGCAGAAUACAAAUCGCCACAGUAUGAGCAACUUGGCUUUAACCUUGUCAAGGAGCGUCUGGUGUCCAUGGGCUAUCCAAAGGAGAUUCUACAGUUUGAGUACGAUCCCACGUUCCCCGUCCGUGGCCUGUGGUUCGACACACUGUACGGCAAUCUGCUAAAAGUCGAUGCCUACGGCAAUAUUCUGGUCUGCGUGCAUGGCUUUGAGUUUAUCAAACAUCACCAGGUGUACGAGCUGUAUCCCAACAAGUUCUUGAAGCUGGACGAGUCGCGGGUGUAUGUGCUAAACACACUCUUCAACCUGCCGGAAACCUAUCUAUUGGCCUGUCUCACCGAUUUCUUCACCAACAGCAGCGAGUUUGUUCGCGUUGAGCGCGGCAUCAAAGCUGGCGAUUUCCUUUUCACGUACAAGUCGAUUUUCCAGGACGUGCGCCGCGCCGUCGACUGGGUGCAUUCCGAUGGCGAUCUCAAGCGCCGCACCACACAGAACAUGGCUCACUAUGUGAAGAAGGAUGAACGUCUGCCCACAGUCUUGUCCCGCAUCCGGGAGUCGGGUGCCAAGCUCUUUAUGUUGACCAACAGCGAUUAUACGUACACCAAUGAGAUUAUGACCUACCUGUUUGACUUCCCGCACGGUGCCACUCCCGAGGAGCCGCAUCGUGACUGGAAGAGUUACUUCGAUGUGAUCGUUGUGGAUGCCCGGAAGCCGCUCUUCUUCGACGAGGGAACCGUUUUGCGACAGGUGGACACAAAGACGGGCGGCCUGAAGAUCGGCACCCACAUUGGUCCCCUGCAGCCGGGACAGGUGUAUUCGGGUGGCUCCUGUGAGCUCUUCACCAAGUUCAUUAAUGCCAAGGGCAAGGAUGUACUCUAUGUGGGUGAUCAUAUCUUCGGUGACAUCCUCAAGUCGAAGAAAAUCCGAGGCUGGCGCACAUUCCUCAUUGUACCCGAACUGGUGAGGGAGCUGCAUGUGUGGACGGAUGAGUGCCAGCUGUUUGCGGAGCUGCAGAACCUGGACAUCAAGCUGGGCGAUCUGUAUCGGGAUCUCGACUCGAGUGCCAAGGUCAAGCCAGAUAUAUCGCAGCUGCGCACCUGCAUCCGGGAUGUGACACACAAGAUGGACAUGUCCUAUGGCAUGAUGGGCUCACUCUUCCGCUCCGGUUCGCGCCAGACCUUCUUCUCCAGCCAGGUGGUGCGAUAUGCCGACGUCUAUGCGGCCACGCUGCUCAAUCUCAUCUACUACCCCUUCUCGUACAUGUUCCGAGCUCCGGCCAUGCUCCUGCCCCACGAGUCAACCGUGGCCCAUGACCAGGCCCAUCAGCCGCCACCAGCUUUGGCUCCUGCUCCAGCUCCCGUUACCGGACCCUCCUCGGUGGCAGCAUCACCGGAUGAUUCGGGGCGGUCUGUUGCCGGCACGGAGCAGUUGAAAGACACCAAGGAUGCCAAGGAUCUGCAUCGUGCGAGCUCCAUUGUACACACUCGACCCUCCACGCCCACUGUGGUAACCCACACCCAUGACGAGGACUACUCCGAGGAGGAGGAGACGCCAAGUGGCGCCGAGUCCUCCCCAGAGCAGCCGCUGCGCGAUGCUUCCGAGGAUUAGAGGAAUAGAGUCACCGCCACAGGAAUGUUAGGAUCAACGAAUUUUUCUUCUCAACAAAAUACCCCCCCCCUCUCCCAAUCCUUUUACUAUGUAACCUUGAUCCCUGAAACGCUCCCAAAAAAAACCGAAUCCGCGGUCUAAGCAAUUGUGAAACGUACGAUUUUCCCUGGCGAUUUUACCCAAGCACAGAUAUGUGAAACUAUAUAUAUAUAUACCAUAUAUGAUAUAUACAUUAUACAUUAUACAUUUAGCUGGUUCCAUACA